GAAAAGAAGAAGGGACUAGACUCAGUGGACUGGACCCCUACUCCACAGAGGACUGCACUGCCUGGCCGGUACGAUGCUGUGUUUCUAUCUGGCAGCUGUUUGGCUCUACCUCCUGCUUUUCUACGGGCUGUUCAGAGGAGCCAGAUGUUUGAGUUCCGUUAACUCAAAGGGGAAGACUGUUAUUAUAACAGGAAGCAACACUGGCAUUGGCAAAAGCACAGCCCUGGAACUGGCAAGGAGGGGAGCUAGAGUGAUCCUGGCAUGUCGCAACAAGGAGAAGGCUGAGGCUGCAGCUUUUGACAUCCGCAAAGAGAGUGGGAACAACCAGGUGGUGUUUAUGCAGCUGGAUCUGGCAAGUUUGAAAUCUGUUCGCAGUUUUGCUGAAACCUUCCUUAAGACAGAACCCAGACUGGACGUUCUUAUCAACAAUGCAGGUGUAAUAGGUCCUGGGCAUACUGAGGAUGGUUUUGGCCUGGCCUUCGGGGUAAACCACUUGGGCCACUUCCUCCUGACCAACCUCCUCCUGGAGCGACUCAGGCAGUGUGGCCCCAGUCGAGUUGUCACUGUGUCUGCACUCCUACACCGCUUCGGGAACAUAGACUUCCACCUGCUGGCUUCACAGAAAGAUCUAGUGCCCAGCCAGUCUGCCUGGCACAACUUUCAGGCUUAUUGUAACAGCAAACUCUGUAAUGUGCUCUUCACCAGAGAGUUGGCCAAUCAGCUGGAAGGCACUGAUGUCACCUGUUACACCCUGCACCCAGGAGUUAUCUACACUGAACUGUGCCGUAACAUGAGCUGGUGGCUGCAGCUCCUUAUGAUGCCUUUAGCCAAGCUCUUCUUCCUGGACCCCAAAGGUGGAUCUCAGACCACCCUGUACUGUGCUCUCCAGGAAGGCAUUGAGCCACUCAGUGGGCGUUACUUUUCAAAAUGCGCGCUGCAAAAAGUUGAAGCCAAGGGGCGAGAUGAUGGCCUGGCAAAGAAGCUGUGGGAAUUAAGUGAAAGGUUAACAGGCCUAUCUCAACAGAUUCAAAACUAAUCUUGGAGCUCCAGAGACUGUCAUAGAGCUUAAAACAAUUCUCUUUAAAAAGUUCAAUGCAUGUUUUCCUUCACUUAUUUCAUAUGGUUUAAUAAAGUGGAGGAUCCCUUCAAUGUUUUGUGUCUGUCACCUCAUAUCCUCUAUGAUGUCUGCAGAGUUUAUCAUUGAACAAAUAUUUGAAGAGAGAUCCCAUGAUGAGAGAAUAAAUCGCAUUUUCAGAAUGUAUUGUGGGAGAUGUGGUUCCUCAGCUUCUUUUAUCUAUACAUUCCAGCUUUGAUGAUUGAAAUCACUGUAUGAGCAUUUGAUGUGUCUGGUGGCACUAGCUUAUAAAUAAAUUGCAGCAACACGUAGGAUCAGCUCCA